AUGUGUGUACGAUAGAUGCCUGACCCAGUUGCGAGUAUUCAGUCUCAAGCCGGCGCUAUGUUGGAGCACAUGCCUUUUCUGGCCGCUUACUGGCCUUACGUUGUCACAUUUUUAGCGGCCCUUUUUGUGCCCGGUUUGUGGCGCAAGAACGACAGUAAGGGUGAGAAAAAUGAUGCCCCUAAGCAGUACCAGACACCUGACCAAGCUGCUGAAAUCAAGGAGGAAGAAGAUUGGAUGGACUAUCAAAACACACUGACCAGCGCCCUUCCUGAAGAUUUGCAGCACAUCCCAUUCGCAUACAAAAGACCGACCGAGAACGAAAUGCUCAAACGCUCCCAGGAGUACUACGAAAUGGUAAACGGCAGGCGCACGAUACGAUUCUUCAGUCCUGAUCCAGUUCCUAUUGAUGUUAUUAAAAAUAUCAUCAAAGCCGCAGCCACUUCACCCAGCGGUGCUCACACGGAGCCGUGGACCUACGUUGUUGUGCAAGACCCAGAUGUCAAGGCCAAGGUGCGCCAAAUCAUUGAGGAUGAGGAAGAAAUCAACUACAAGAAACGCAUGGGCCAGCAGUGGACGACCGAUCUGAAGCCGCUGAGGACCAACUGGAUCAAAGAGUACUUGACUGACGCGCCGUACCUAAUCCUCGUCUUCAAGCAGAUGUUCAGCCUCAAAGAGGACAACACCAAGAAAAUUCACUACUACAACGAGAUCAGCGUGGCCAUAUCCUACGGAAUUUUCCUAACAGCGGUUCAGAAUGCUGGACUUGUCGGUCUGACUAGCACCCCGCUUAACUGCGGCCCUGCCCUUCGCAACCUGCUGGAACGUCCUCCAUCGGAAAAACUGAUGCUGCUCUGUCCAGUCGGGUUCCCCGCCAAAGACGCCACUAUUCCCGACCUGGAAAGGAAGCGCCUCGAAGACGUUAUGGUUCUUUUUUAAAAUUAAUUGUGCAUCUGGUACAAAAUUUUGGGUUGGCAUCAAAUGAGAUUUUAAACUUUGGCGUUUUAAGAAAUAUAUUUUUUUCGGUUUUCCGACACUUACAAUCUGCUUAAUUAAAUUUAGCCAUUUGUGAAAUUCACGUUUUAUCAUUCACCAUCAUAAAUAUUACAAUGUAAGCUACUCCAACCUUUUUUCGAGGGAAUGAGUAAAUUUUAAAUAGAAACAGCAAGUAUAAUGACAACAAGCGGGAUUUUUGCACUUGAAUAUUCGUGGGCACUCGUGGUGACUCCAGUUUUUCCAUUUGACAGUAGCCAGAGCGAUUUCCUCUGUAUAAUCAACAGGGUGACGAGUUGAGUCGAUGAUCAUCACGAUCCUUCAGCAGUACACCAUGGUUCCUGAAAUUGUAAACAUAGAAACUUGAUUCAAAAGCUCCAAAAUAGUAACAGCUACUGUAACAAAUAAAAAGCAGGAAGGUUAAAAUAAAUAAGGUCUUAUACCGUUACAGGCAAACAAAUAAUUUGUAAAUAAUGAAAAUUUUGAAAUCAGCUAUUAAUUGAUUGGUGUAAACUUAAUGCUAAUAUUUAAUACUUUAUGGUAUAGAUCAUAAUUACCUUGAAGCAGAAGCAAGAUUAAUGAAAUGGAGAGUGCCCUUUUGACGACAUUUUUGGUGUGCUAUUGGCGGAAUGCCUUUGUGUGUUGCACAUGCUUGUACAAUAUAUUUUUUUUAAUUAAAGCGAUUAUUCGGUGUUUUUUUCCAGUGCAACAUUUAGAAAUGGUAACGUGUGUAUGCAAUGUGGACUGUGUAAUUUGCACUUAUUGAAUAAUUUAUGUAAAUGAGCAGUGCUCGGUGGAGUGCCAGUGGAGUUAAAUUAACAUGUUUAGAUUAAUUAAGAAUAUAGUAUUUAAUUGUUGUAUUUACACAAUAGGCAGAUUAAUGUUAACAACAGCCCAUUUCAAUUUUAUUGCAAUGUCAGACACUACAGAAAAUAAAAAAUUGAUAAUCUUCGUAGAAAAAUCUA